AUGCUGCCUGCUGUUGUUAAGCUCUGCUGUGGAAUCUCCUACCCACACCUGAGGAGUAUGGCAGGACUUCAACGCACAGCUGUGGCAGUGAUAGGCCAGGAGAUCACUCAUCUGCAGCGAUCGGGACAGAUUCAACAUCACAUGAGAAAGCUUGUUGGUUUAAACUAUGAUGAACCCAAACCAGAAGAUAUAAAGUCUGUGCAAGCUAAAGAAGAUCAGCUAUUAUAUAUACAACAAGGCCAAGAAGCGAUGAGGAAGGCUCUCAACAUGUUGGAAGAGAAAGAUGGAUGGAAGGUCGAGACCACACAGAGCAAUGGAGAUGUGAUCUGUAGCAAAGUGAUACCAGGGUCCAGAAAGGUCUUCAGGCUGGAGGCAGUCCUAGAAGCCAGCCCGGAUGAACUUUACGACCUCCUGUUUGUCAGAGUAGAGGAGAUGCACAAGUGGAACCCGAGCAUCCAACAUAUCAAAGUUCUUAAGCAAGUUGGACCUGAAACGAUCGUCACUCAUGAAGUUUCAGCAGAGACGGCAGGAAAUCUGAUUGGCCAAAGGGAUUUUCUGAGUGUCAGACACAGUUCCAAACAAAAGUCCCGCAUUUAUCUUGGAGGAGCAGCGAUUCAACUGGAGUCCUUCCAACCUCAGGAAGGAUUUGUGAGAGCUGAGGAUGGACCGACCUGCAUCAUCAUAGAGGCUCUCGACAAGGAUUCAAGAAGAAGCCGCUUCACAUGGCUUCUUAAUAUGGAUGUAAAGGGCUGGCUGCCAAAGUCAAUUGUCAAUCAGACUUUGCCCAGAGCACAGCUGGAUUUCACAAGACACCUCCGCAGACGCCUCACAGCAGGUACCACCCUGGGCUGAUUGAGUCUGUGUGACACCAACACCGCAGCAGCGGCACCAUGUCAUCACUCCCAGGGGAAGAGUGGG